GUUCCCACGUCUUCCUUGCUACAUAGCUGCCCUGCGCCUUGCGUAUUCUUACCUUAAUUGGAGAGCCUUUGUGGUCGAUCAAAUUCGGAGGCGGAGCAGCGAGCCCAACAACUGCUCGACGACGGAAUGCCCCAGCCUGAGCGAGACCGAGGUAACGGCGGGGGCGGGAUGAUCGUCCGUGUCCGCAGCCGUGAUGGACUCGAGCGUGUCACCAUUCCAGACCCAAAUUCCGCCACCGUCGGUACCCUCAAAAACCUAAUCCAAUCCCAUCUCGGGGUCCCCAUUCCCUCCCAGAUCCUCUCCCGCGACCGCAACCUCCUCAUCGCCAAGUCCCCGGACGAGGCCGCCUCCCUCUCCGACCUCACAAAUCCCUUCACCCCGCUCGCCGCUCUCGGCAUCUCUCAUGGUUCGUUCGUAUUCCUUUCUUAUGAUGGAAUGCGAAGCGUUCCCGGUCCUGUUGGUGCGGCCACCGUAACCCCGGCCGGAUCCUUUGGCCGUAAGAUGACCAUGGACGAUUUGAUCGCCCGUCAGAUGCGCGUAUCUCGCCAGGAGAACCCACACUGCGAAUCGGCCUCGUUUGACCGCGAUGCCGCCCAUGUAUUCCAGCUCUACGUCAACGAGACCCUUGCAUUCGCCAUCAAGCGCGGUGGCUUCAUGUAUGGCAGCAUCGGUGAGGGAGGUGCAGUCGAGGUCGACUUCAUCUACGAGCCACCGCAGGCGGGCACGGAGGAUGCCCUUACACUUUUGAGGGAUCCGGAAGAGGAGAAGCUCGUGGAAGCGAUUGCGAUGGGACUGGGGAUGAGAAGGGUGGGGUUUGUGUUCACACAAGCCGUGGGGAGGGAGGGGAAGGGAGAAUACACCAUGUCAAGAAGGGAGAUUCUUCAGGCCGCGGAACUGCGGGCCGAGGGUGGCGUCGCGGAGUGGGUGACUGCCGUGGUGAAACUCGAAGUUAACGAGGACGGGGCGGCGGAUGUGCAUUUUGAGGCGUUUCAGCUAAGUGAUAUAUGUGUUAAGCUUUUUACGGAGGGGUGGUUUGAUACGGAAGCCAUUGAUGGCGAUCCGAAGGUGUCUAAGAUGAAGAAGGAUGUUGUAGUUGGGACUAAGGACCUCAGAGAAGUGGAUAAUGACUUCUUCUUGGUGCCGGUGAAGAUCUCAGAUCACAAGGUUUUGACACCAGCUGCACUGAAUUUAUGUGAUUUGGCAUUUUUACAGAUGGCCAUUCAAGCGUUUCUUAAAGAUCUCUAG